UUAGUAAGUUACGAUAUUAAUCAAAAGAUAUCCAAUGAUUGGAAAUUUGAUUUGGGAUUUCCGUUUUAAAUAUCUAGUAGCCUAGGAAAUUCCUAAUCGAAUAAAAGAUAAGGCCUAAUUUAUAAAAAGGAGUUCCGCUAAUUGUUACUCUAAUUUGAUACGGUUUUGGUCAAAAUGCGUUCGAUUUUCGUGGUGGUUGCGUUAGUGGCGUCAGUGGUGGAUUCCGUGGAGGUGUUCGGCCCUCGUGGGUACCAUGCAGAGGUCGGAAUCCCUCUGGCGAAGGAGCUGAAGGCGGCUGAGGAGCAGAGGAUCGCGAGCAUGGCGCGGCUGGCUGAAACAAUGGAUGAAAAAGUCGUAGGCGGAGUCGCUGCACCCCUCCACGCUCACCCCUACCUGGGUGGCUUGCUGAUCCAUUUCUGGAACACCCUUGACCAAUCAGUCUGCGGCUCAUCUCUAGUGUCUGCCAACCGGCUGGUGACCGCCGCCCACUGCUGGACCGACGGCUUCAUCACCGGCAGAAUGCUCACAGUCGUGCUGGGCAGCGAGGAACUCUGGGACGGAGGGCUGCGCAUCUCCACGUCAGUCGUCGUCACCCACCCCCAGUGGAACCCUUGGAACUACUCCAAUGAUGUUGCCGUGAUCUACCUGCCAUGGUCGAUUUCCUUUUCGAAUGUUAUCCAGCCAAUUUCGCUGCCCAGUGACUGGGAGCUGCACCUGACCUUCGAACAUGAGUGGGCUAUUGCUGCAGGAUACGGGAAGACCAGUGAUAGUCAGGUUGGCGCCUCGAAUGUGAUCCACCACGUCAACCUUUGGGUUAUCACGGAGGCGGCCUGCCGCAACGUGUUCGGUGGAGAAUACAUAUUCCCCAGUACCUUGUGCACCAGCGGCUUUGGCUUCGUCGGCGUCUGCGGCGGGGACUCCGGAGGACCCCUCUUUGUGCAGAGGAACGGGCAAAGAGUCUUGAUCGGCAUCAGCUCCUUCGUGGCCAAGGACAACUGCCAGGGCGGCCACCCAUCCGCCUACGCGCGCGUCACCAGCUUCAUCCCCUUCAUCCGACAGCACAUGUGGUGAACGGAUCUGACAACCAGCAAUAAAAGCUAAUAAAAUAUCCCAAAAUACUUUUUACUUUUUGCAAC